AUGUGGCUCCUAAGCAGAAAAGUUUCUCCUGACAAGAGGAGCUCGCGGAGUUGGACACGAGCUGUGAGAGGUGGCUAUUCCACAUUUGCCAGGCGCUGGUUUAUGGCCGUAACUGCUAUCAUCGAAAACCUGCUGUUCUCUGCUGUGCUGCUGGGAUGGGGGUCCCUGCUCAUCAUGCUCAAGUCUGAAGGCUUCUAUUCAUACCUUUGUAACGAGGAAGGUAACCACAGCACCUCUUCUAACGUAUCCCUGCCGACCACGUCUCCUGAUGAGUAUGCAGACUACUAUAGUGAGGCAGGGAUGGAGGGCUUUGGCGAUGGCGUGGAGAUGAAGCCUCUACUGCCCUCCGAUGGCCCUCUGAGGAUGAACGGCUGGCUCAUCUGUAAAGAGCAGGACGAGAUGCUCAACCUGGCCUUCACCGUGGGCUCCUUCCUGCUCUCCGCCAUCACUCUGCCGCUGGGAAUCGUCAUGGACAAAUAUGGGCCACGCAAACUCCGACUUUUGGGAAGCACCUGCUUUGGACUGUCUUGUCUAAUGAUUGCGUAUGGAGCCUAUAAUCCAAACGAACUCUCUGUCCUCAUCUUCAUCGCCCUCACAUUUAAUGGCUUUGGGGGCAUGUGCAUGACCUUCACCUCUCUCACACUGCCGAACAUGUUUGGAAACCUUCGCUCCACAUUUAUUGCUCUCAUGAUUGGUUCUUACGCCUCCUCAGCUGUCACCUUCCCAGGAGUCAAGGUGAUCUAUGAUUUGGACAUAUCCUUCAUCUCCAUCCUGGUUGUGUGGGCUGCCUGCGCCUGCCUGGUGUUUCUGAACUGCUUCUUAAACUGGCCACUGGAGCCGUUCCCUGGACCAGAGGACAUGGACUACUCUGUGAAGAUUAAGUUCAGCUGGAUGGGCUUCGAUCACAAAAUCACUGGGAAGUUGUUUUAUCGCCAAGUGACUACUGUUGGGCGCCGUCUCAGUGUGGGCACAAGCCUGAAGCCUGACGAUCUGCCCAUCAAAGAUGGAAACAAGCUGUGCCUGUCCACGAUGGACCUGGAGAUGGACGCUAAGGCCCAAGUGGAAACUCAGUCCUUCUUGAAGAGCAUCGUCAGCCCCAUCUUCCUGCUCAGCGCGGUCACUAUGUCGGUCACUCAGCUGCGUCUGCUCUUCUACAUGGGAGCCAUGAACAGUGUGCUCGAGUCUCUCACUGAUGACUUUAACACAGUGAGUUUGUAUUCGUCCAUCUUUGGCGUGCUGCAGCUGCUCUGUCUAAUGACCACCCCCGUGAUUGGUCAAAUUAUGGACUGGAAAUUGAAAGAGUGUGAUGAUGGAGAAGGAGAGACACAGCUCACCAGCACAGGAGAGAAGAAAAAACGCAGGGACAAAAAGACACAGAAAGUGACAAAUGCUUUGAGAGCUUUUGUGCUCACAAACCUCCUGCUGGUGGGAUUUGGUAUCACAUCCCUCAUCCCCAAUUUGCACGUUCAGAUCGUGUCAUUUGUUUUACACACUAUUGUGCGAGGGUUCAUUCACUCAGCUGUGGGCGGCCUCUAUGCAGCUGUGUACCCGUCGUCUCAGUUCGGCAGCCUGACAGGAAUGCAGUCUCUGAUCAGUGCAGUGUUUGCUCUCCUACAGCAGCCUCUGUUCUUGGCAAUGAUGGGGCCCCUGGAGGGAGAUCCAUUUUGGGUCAACAUUGGACUACUGGUUCUGAGCAUGCUGGGAUUUCUGCUGCCUCUGUAUCUAAUCUGCUACAGACGAGUGCUCAACAAAGAACAAAUGGAAAGAGAAGAGAACGCCAAGAUCUACAUCAAAAUAAACGGCUCUGACAUCCCGGAGGCCCUGGUUUAA